GCGCACAUGCAGCGUAGUUGUAUUGACGCAUACCUAUGUCUGAUCAGUACAACUGACUCGCCUCCACGCUACAGUUCAGCCAAUGAAAACGUGAGAAAGAAUAAAAAGGGGAGAGAGGUGAAGAAGGGGGAGUGCACGGGACGCAUUGAGUCAGUGACAGAGAGAGAAAUCCCCCGCACGCAAAAACAAAAACAACGGAGGCUGAAGGGACAAAAAAAGCUGGUCACAUUUCACUGACACCUGAAAACGUGGUUGGUGGGGGCGCAGUGUGUGAUUCAGUGGGUGUGUAUCGUGUUUGACAGUUCUGCCUGGAAGAUGCUUAUGAUUGUGUCCGAGCACUAGUCUGAAUUCUUGGAAUUUGUGGAAAACGCUUGUUCUCUAGCUGUGGCGCAUUACACGCGCUCACAGCACUUAAAGCAAGCCAAGCAACUGUUCAGCAGAGACCAGAAGCGAGACAAGCCUUCCGGCUUCAACGCACCUGAGAUAAAUUUGUUUUUAUACAUUAGCUUACAUUUUUUUAGAAAAUCCAUUUUUGGUGGGUUGACAAAACCCCACUAAUGCUCUGUGCACAAGUGAUUUCAUAUGUUUUUUUGGGACACCGUUUUAUGGCUGGACAUUUCAUGACUCUUUCACCUAUAUCGACGCGACUUUUACUUGAUGAUAUACAGAGACAACUAACGUCAAGACGUUUAUAAUUAAUUCAAGCACCCAGAACAAACAGCGAUGGACAACAGUCCCGGGAGCGUAAUUCUGUAUGCAGGUUCUACGGGCAGCGCCAGCCCUGGCCCAGCUAGCCCCUCCAGCGGGUACCAGACACAGUCCCCAUCCUCGCACUCCCAGCCCUCGUCCCCAGAGGACGUCUCCUUCACUGAGAUUGGGGCGCUCAAGCAGAGGGGCGGGGCGCCCCCAUCACCCCAGCUGGUCUUCCAGUUCCCCGAUGUGACCAAUGGCCCAGGCCCCGCUGCCACCCAGCACAGCUUCUCCCACCCAGUCGUGGGCAAGAGGCCCUCAGGGUUCACUGGCACGUUUACCAAGACUGGAGGGAUGGUGCUGUUGUGUAAAGUGUGCGGUGACAUCGCCUCGGGGUUCCACUAUGGCGUGCACGCAUGUGAAGGCUGCAAGGGUUUUUUCCGCCGCAGCAUCCAGCAGAACAUCCACUACAAGAUGUGUGUGAAGAGCGGGAACUGCUUGAUCAUGAGGAUGAACCGCAACCGCUGCCAGCAUUGCCGCUUUAAGAAGUGCCUCUCCGUGGGCAUGUCCCGGGACGCUGUACGUUUUGGACGCAUCCCUAAGCGGGAGAAGCAGAGGCUGCUGGACGAAAUGCAGAGCUACAUGAACAGCCUGAACGAGUCCGCAGCAAUGGAAAUAGACUCCUCCCCCACUCUUGAGGCACCACCCAGCCCUGAAGACAGCCAAACAGACAAAGCCAUAGGAGCCAUCUCCCGGGCCUAUCUCGACAUCUUUGUGAAUGGGCAGGACCGACUGGGCAAGAGGGGCAGCAGCAGCAGCAACAACAACCCUUCAUCUUUUCAGGGCAACCCACCUCAAGAAUCCAGCUACCCCCACGCGCAAUCCCACACCUGCCCAGCCCAGGGGUAUGCCUCUUACCCUGUAGUGGGGUACCAGGCCACUGCCCGGUGCCCCGUCACCCCAUGCGAUAACAGCCCCUCAUUUGCCUUUGUCGACAACGGCCGUUACUGCUACUGUCCCUUGUCCAAUCAGAGUCACUGCCAGCCCAGUGCUGGCUUACCUCCCCAGGCCUACCCAGCCAAUUAUAAUAGCUAUUCCGCCAGAGAGUCCCAGAGUCAGACUUCAUGUCCCUGGAUGAUGAGUACUGGCACCAAAGUCCUGGCCUGUCCCUUGAAUGUGUGUCCCGUGUCCCCCGAGGGGCGCACCAGCCAGCAGGUGUGGGAGUCCUUCUCGCAGUGCUUCACGCCAGCAGUGCGCGAGGUGGUGGAGUUCGCCAAAAGCAUCCCAGGGUUCCAGAGCCUGAGCCAGCACGACCAGGUCAUGCUCCUCAAAGCAGGCACUUUCCAGGUUCUGAUGGUCCGGUUCUGCUCACUGUUCAAUGCCAAGGAGCGGACGGUGACCUUCCUGAACGGGCAGACAUACCCCUUGUCCACCCUGCGGGCAAUGGGUAUGGGCUCGCUGCUGGAUGCCAUGUUCGAGUUCAGCGAGAAGCUAGGCGCCCUGGGGCUGGAGGCAGACGAGAUUGCACUCUUCAUGGCAGUGGUGUUGGUGUCUGCCGACCGUACAGGCAUUGUGAACAUGGGUGGCGUGGAGCAGCUGCAGGAGGGCCUGAUCCGAGCCCUGCGGUCCCUCAUCAUGCGCAGACGCCCUGACGACAGUGCCCUCUUCCCCAAGCUGCUGCUGCGCCUGCCUGACCUGCGCACCCUCAAUAACCUGCACUCCGACAAGCUGCUGGCCUUCCGCAUCGACCCCUGAAUGUGCCCCCGCCAUGAUGCCCAUCAAAAGAGGAGAGGAACAGAGAUUUGGGGUCGGACAGUGGCAAAUGCAGCUCCUGACAUUUUGUUUAUUUUGGAAAAGGUAAAGAAAGAAUAAAGCAAUAUCCUCAAGAGACCUUUUUCAGAGUGCCACCUUCUCAGACCAUCCACAUGACAUCAUAUUCUCCCACACAAGUCACCCCACCCUGCCUCUCUGGGAGGCGGGGAGAGGAAGGGGAGGCACUAUGGUUAAGCACUGCCCACCCCUUUCUGCUGCACUGACUUUCUGAAGACCAAAAGGAGUCGUUCUCUUCUUGUCUGUCUCAUUCCCCAUCUCCCUUUUAUUUCUAACCCA